AUGUCCAGCCAUGUGACUCCUGGGGUCCCAGAGCUCUUGGAUCCAGCACACCCCCAGAAGAAGGCCUCUGCUCAUGAGGUCAGCAACAUACAGCACACGCCUGCAGAGCAGCACACGCCUGCAGCACAGUCUGAAGUCCUACAGCCCAAGGACAUCACCACACCUGAGCAGGGUAGUGACAUCUCCAAUUCCUCAGCACAAACCAUCCCGCCCAAGCAGGGUGGCAUCUUCAAUUUCUCAGAAAAAAACAUACUGCCCAAGCAGGAUGGCACCCCCAAUUCCUCAGCAAAAAGCAUCCUGUUCAAGCAGGCUGACAUCCCCGAUUUCCCAGCCAAAACCAUUCUGCCAAAGCAGGGCAGCGCCCCCAAAACCAUCCUGCCCAAGAAGAGUAACAUCUUGAAUUUCUCGGAAAAAGCUAUCCCACCAAAGCAGAGGGACAUCCCCAAGUCCCCAGCCAAAACCAUGUUGCCCAAGCAGGACACCCCGGCAAAAACCAUUCUACCCAAGCAGGGGGACAGUCCCAGUUCCUCAACAAAACCUGUGCUGCCCAAGCUGGGCAACAUCCUUAAGGUGUCAGCAAAAACCAUUCUGCCUAAGUGGAACAACACCCCCAAGUCAUUGGAAGAAACCAUGCAGCCCAAAGAAGGUGGCACCCCCAAGUCCUCAGAAGAAGCUGUACAGCCCAUAGAAGACAAUAUCCCAAAGCUGGCAGAAGAAGCAAUGGAGCUCCUGGAUGUGGACAUGGUAAAAGUGAUCCUGAGCAAGGAGGACUUUGAACUGGCGCUCAAGGAGGCUGGGGAGAAGCUGGUGGUCGUGGAUGUCUCGGCCACAUGGUGUGGGCCUUGCGGGACCAUCAAGCCCCUUUUCCGUUCCCUGUCUGUGAAGCACGAGGAUGUGGUGUUCCUGGAGGUAGACGUGGAUGAUUGCGAGGAGCUGGUGAAAGACCUUGAGAUCAUAUGCAUCCCAACCUUUCAGUUUUAUAAAAAAGAAGAAAAGGUGGGUGAAAUUUGUGGUGCCCUUAAGGAAAAAGUUGAAGCAAUCAUUGCAGAAUUAAAGUAA